AUGGCUUCAGAGCAUGCCUACAAUCCGGCGCCGCCGUCUCCCAGAUUGCCUCCACCACCUCCUUCACCGCAUCCCUCCCAUCUACAGGCUCCGCAGAUAUCUCCCAGGCGCUUCGCUGUCCAACCUCCCCUCUUGAACACGACCCUCGCGCCGCCCCCACCGUCCGGGCACGCGUAUUUGCAUGGCUCGCAAAAUACUCCUGCGACUGCCUCAUCUUUAAGUCUGCCCUUUUCGCCAUCGCGCACCCCCUCGACGUAUGCGCCUUCUCCAGCCGUCGCCGCUUCUCCCAUGGCUAUGAGGGGCUCGGGUCCGACCGUACCAUACAAUCCGCAGCAAUGGACGCGGGGUGGGAAUACCAGUGGCCAGCAUAUCCAGCACAGCCAGACGUCGGUGCCGACGAGGCUUCAGGAUGUCACAGGCAUGGAAGCGUCGAUGCCCUCCCCUCCACCUCCAUAUUCGCCUGGUCAAAAUCCAAACUUGUCACAGUCUCUGAGUACCAGCACUACCUCAUCCCCUCAAAUGUCUGCCGGCGCGUUUCCUCAUCCUUCCCCGGCCCCCACCACCGAGCAGCAACCCAUCAUCCAGCGCGACAAUCUCGGGUUUCCGCCUCCACCACCCAGAAAUGGAACAGGUCGAUCGGUCUCGCGUGACAAGCUGGCUUCGAAAUUCAGUCUGUCGUCGUUCAGGAACCGGAAUAGUGAUCAUAGUCCUGGCCCAAGCAACAUCGACUCGCUCCACAUCAGCACUUCAGAUGCGAUCCAGAGAGCCCCAGCUUCACCUGGGUUGGUCGCACAGCGGGCCACUUCCAAUUACAUAGCGAACACCUUUGUUGAGCGGCGUUACAGUCCUGAGACACAGUCGCCCAUAAGGCCUCCUACCUCUCGAAGGGCAGCAUCUGCUGGCGUACCAGGCUACGAGACACGAACACCCAUUGAUGAGUCGCCUAUCGUCCCAUCAGGAAGCUGGAGUCGCAAUGUGCCGUUACCCCCACCUCCCCCCGGUCCUCCACCUAGUAGUUCAAGGUCGCAGAGUAUGGGGCCUGGGACAGAGCCUACAUCGAGCCGAGGACCUACGCUCCCUUCUGCACCACCUACAAGAAGACCGGGUCAAACAACGCUGACGCCCAUUCCUCCGACACCCAUGGGCUGGCAAGAUGAGCCUACUAAUGUGCGGUCAAAAUCCCCGGCAGCCCAUGGCCUACACAUUGACACGAGCCCCCGUGCUGUUUGUCCAGGUGAGCAGCCUGGACCGGUAUCAGAAAGUGGGAGCGUUUCCGUUUCAUCAGGGCCAACUACCAUCACUUCAAUAUCUGCAUCCAGUAGUAAUCUCCAGCGCACACCUCACAAACGUGACACAAGUACCCGGGGAAUUCGAGAACGAAGAAGUGAGAGUCGGGCAGCUCGAGAGCACCGUACAGAGCCAAGCAAUAACCCCUGGGCACAAGAUCUAGAUACAGAAGCAGCCAAACCAGCGAAUCUUGAUCUCGGAACGCCAGAAGGCGGAUUGACGCGUCGCGGUGCUGUCACAAGAGGCACUCCAAGAAGCAGUGGUGCUCUUCGAUCACCACGAAGCGGACAUUUGUUUGACGAUCCUGGGUCUUCAAACUCUACACCUCGAGUGGAUACACCUUCAAGGGGCGCAUUCAUGGCUGUCCCAACACCACCUUUCUCGCCAGGUAUGGAAUAUCUCAGUCGUUCAGCCCAGAAAGCUCCAGUCUCGCUCCCCUCCAAAGCGUUACCUACUCCACCACUUCGUAUCUAUGCCGAUGAGAGGAACACAGACCUGACUCAUCAAUCAGGAGCUGUAAACGAUGGUACUAUUCACACGCCAAACGCCUCACAUGUCGCAGUACAGGAUUCGACGAUAACCACACCGAGACAAUCAGACGCUCAUAAUUUUGCCCGUGCCGCCAUGGACCGACAUCGAAGCUUCAUUGAGAAAGAGAUGGCGGCUGAAACAGAUCAAGAUAGACUGGAGUUGUUCGCGGAAUUCAUUGUUACCGAGUCAAGGCUUCGCCGCGACCGUUACUCUGGAGCCUUUGAUGCAAUGGCUGGAGAUAUCAUGGAUCUGACAAGGGAUAUGUGGCGCUCAUACGGUAACUCCGGUCGCAGAUCGGCUACACCAAAUACUCAGGUCACCCCUGCGGGACGUGGUAACAGAAGAUCUCAAGGCUCAGUCACAGGCGAAUCUCCGGAUACCCGUUUCUCCAACUCGAUGCCGACUACUGCUGCUAGCCCUGCAUCUUCUAUUGGGAACUUCACGCCGCACACCGAACCAGCGUCUCCGUCCAGUGCAUCCAGCCAAAAAGCCCGAGAUGUCUCAUGGACUAAUAAUUAUCACCCAUCACUUUCGCCCAUUCCAAGCAUGGCUAUGAGUACCAUUCCUGACGAACAAGACUCCAGAGGUCGAUCGGCAAGCCGCUGGUGGGAAAGCGACGGUGGCUCUUCAGGCGUGGGUGGUGACAGAAGACUGGAGCGGAGUAAGAGAGAGUCCAAGUACAUGAGUUUGCCGAAAGAGGCCCGCGAGAAUCUACAGUGGGCAGGUAUGGAUCAGAACACUCCAAUCCAACGAGGCGAGUCUAGUAGUCGACCAGCGUAUGGACCCAACGAUUACCCUCCCGAGAAAGUUGGUCUACAUGAAGAGAGUCUACAGCUACCACAACAACAACCUUAUGGGUACUAUGCAAGGUCGACUACAACAACGCCUGACCCACACAAGCUGGAUGUUUCGAGACUGGUCACGCUUCCGCCAUCCUACCCUCGACAUCAUCCCGCAGUAAACAAUAGUCAUCCUGACUUGACUACAAUACGGAGCAGCUUGCGCAGUCUUUCGGAACUGGAUGAAGUCAAGAAUACAAAGGCAAAGUUCAAGGCUAAGAUCGAAGCAAGGAAAGAGCAGGAGAAUGCUUCCUUAUCCGAUCGAAGGGCACAACUCCGGUACAAUAUCCAGGACAAUCUGCGAAAUGGUGUCAUGUCAUUUGCAGAGGCUGCGAAGGCAGAGGCAGAUUUCGAGAAUCGUGAGCAUCAGAGAGCUCAAGACGUAGUUCAAUGGAUAUUCGACAGCUUCCAGGCCGAGGUGGCCAAUCCCCUGCACGCCAUGUUCUGCGAGCGUAUCACGAAGGCCACGGCAUCGAUGGAGCAUCUCAAAGGGCGCCUGUCCAGUGAAGCGCAAGAGCCAAACCCUAACCAAACGCAGGAAGAAGGUGAUGAGAAACCAGAACUCCUAGAGAUGCUCACUUUGCUCAAAUGGCUGUUUGAAGCACGGGAACAACUGCACAAGGAAAUGUUUGAGCUGGAAGAUGAGCGCAACGACCUCUACCGGGAUAUCAUCGUUCUCCCCUAUGUCCAAACCAACAACGAUCAGAAGGUCAAGGAAGCCACCACAUUCUUCCAGCGCGAUGGACAAGACCGCAAGGUUGCUUUUGAGAAGGAAACACUCAAACGGUACGAGGACCUCAUGAACGUCAUUGAGCAGAACGUCACUCGCGGUGUCGAGGCUCAGUUAUCUGCAUUUUGGGAUAUUGCGCCUGGACUGCUGGAGAUUGUGCAACAGGUUCCUCGGAAUCUACAGGGCUUCGAAGUUCUGGUCCCACCGCAAGAGUAUGAAGAAACACCGGCAUACCAUGACUACCCGUUGCAGUAUCUCUACACACUUCUAGCGCAUGCGGGUCGCUCUGCACAUCAGUUUAUUGAAUCUCAGAUCAAUUUGCUGUGUCUGCUGCAUGAGGUCAAGACCGGAGUCAUGACGGCCGGCUCGCGACUGCUUGAGACACAGCGACUGAUGGAGGGCGAGGAUCUGGCAGGAGUGAACCAAGAGAUGAAAGCCAUUAGGGCAGACGAGGAACGACGACUCACGGAUGAUCUGAAGGAGAAGGUCGGCCUGGUGGAGAGCCAAUGGAAUGAAGCGCUUGGCCAGGGUUUGGAAGACUGCAAAACACGAGUAGAGAAUCACCUCACCGAGCAAGGUGGCUGGGACGAUACUUUGCGCGAGUAA